AUGUCGAGCUACGAAGCUACUUCCCCUUUUCGGGUCUCGACCCACGAUCUCAUCCAGUUGGAGCGCAAUGAAGUCUUCCGUGCCAUGCGGGAACAAUUACGGCGCCAAGAUUGUGGUAUGGAAGGGCCCAGCUUCUGCGCUACCCACCGUCACUCAUGCAGCUCCGCCGAGCAAGAGUCCUUCCGCCUCCAUCGCGAUAUCAUCCACACACUGCUGGUCCCCCUCUUCCUGAUCAACCACCAAGCCGAGCGAAUCGCCGCCCGCGCGCUGCCAAGCAAGAAGGGCGCCGAGCCCGAGCGAGCGUUCAGGGGUGAGGCGCGCAGUGCCUUUGCCUGGCUAUCGUGUAUCUUGACUGAGGAGCACGAUUGGUACCUGACCGCGCGGUGCCCGGGCUGUAUCGUCCUGCAUGUCCUGCACUCCGAACCCACUAUCCGCUUCGUUACCGUGGCGGCCCUCCUCGCCGGGCCCCGCUCAGGCUUCGACUGCUGGCUGGCCGCCCUGGAGACCGCUGUCCGCGAGGAUCCCUUCUGGGGCGAUGCAUUCUGGCCUGAGAUUGAGGACCGCGCUGCCCGUCUGACCGAUGGUGUUCAGCAGCUGGUUCGUCAGUGCCACGAGCUCCGCACUGCCUUGGACAGCCCGACACUCGCUACUCCCACACUCGCCAAGACUUCAACCACCGUCUGCGAACGUUCGGCAUCUACCUGCACCAUCCCCCUGAAGCCUUCCAGCUUCGCCCGGAAACAAGUCCGUCUCAGUCGGGAAGAGCAGCGCUACCGAUCAUCGCUUGUCUGGAAUUCGUGGAACUGCUCUCGGGAAAUGGAUCAACCGCUCGGCGGCAGCACCCCGACUCAGUCUCGCCGUCGUUCUAUGACCUCAUGA